UAUUCGCUCCAAAGAAUCGGUGUCCCUUUUCCCGUGGAAAUAGCUUUUCUUAUGUGCAAAAGUGUACAGUGAAGUGAACUUGGAGGCCCGAGCAUACGAGCAAAAUGAUGACCCGAAGGAAAUCCGUGCACGAGUCCACGCUGCAGGCACAGCUGCAGCAGGAACGGGCGGCCGAGGAUCAACUGGCAAUCGGGACACUGGCAUCGGACAUCGCCAAUAUUCUGAAAACUAGUGUAGGGCCCGGAACGACCGGCAACCAAUCCACCGGUCUACUGCCAAUAUCAUCGUCGCCACAAGCGCAAACCCCAGGCACAUCAUCGGCCACCAAACCAACGACAACUCUGGGAGAGGCAGCUGAUCCGAAGAAACCGGCCGGAUCGUUUACACCUUCUUCAAUCGCCGGUAGCAGCAACAGUAUCACGUCUCCACUUACAAGCAACUCCUUUGGCCCUUCCAGUUCCCCCAGCGUAGUGCCGUCUGCCGCCAGGGGAAGCUCCGUGAAUCGCAGCAAAACGCCACGCAUCUCAAAACGGUCCGCAUCUCUGCUGGAUGCUGCUCAACCUCCAGCAGUCACGGUUCCGUCGUCUAGCAACACCGGCAUGCAGACUAGCAGCAGCAUGGCCUCCUCAGUCUCCGCCAGUGGAAGCACAAGCACAAUGAACACCAUGGCCACGGCAUCUACGACUCCCGUACAGAAUCCCGUCCAGCAGACACUUGCACAGAAUGGCAUGGAUCCGGACGAGAUACCAAAGUUCAAGGGUUACCGCAUCAUCGAAAUUGACCAUUUCCUGCAGUGGGCAGCCUUCUCCCAGUUUAUGCACUCGAAGCACUGCCCGGGCGGAUUGCUUAAACCGUACCAGGAGUACAUCAGUGGCUGUUACUCGACGUUCGCGAUGAAGUGUAGCCGCUGCUCGGCGAUCAUUACACGCUCCUCGGAGAACUACAUUCACCACAACAAGCUGGUGAACCGGUUGGUCAAGGGUACGAUACAGCUGGGCAAGGACUACGACGAGAUGCUCCAGUUCAUGGAUCUGCUCGAGGUACCGUUCGUGACACGUGACGAGUUUCAAUCGGUACGUGCCCAGCUGGGCUCUUCGCUCGAGGACCAAUCCGCACUGCAGCGGGCCGUCGAGGAGCUAGAGCAAGCGUCGGUUCAGUCGAAGCGCAAGCGGCACGGUAGCUGCAAAUACCACUACGAAGUGCUGAAGGUGUAUCUCAACAAAAAGAUGAAAAAAAUUGAAGAGAAUCUACAGCUCUCGGUGAACGAUUCCGUAGCGCUGGCCGUUAAUGCACAUUUGAAGAACGUUUCGCACGUUCAGCUCAUGCCCAAUGGACACAGCAGUAACAUGAAUUGUGCGAUACUUGGUGCCGGGGGAGGAGGAAGUGGUGGUGGUGGAGGAGGAGGAGCAGUUUACGGAAGUGCAGUUACCUCUCAUCCGGUCAACACUGGCCAACACAGCAACGUCAACAGUACCAGCAUCAGCACACACGGGCUAAAUGGGCCACCAACGAUAGGCACAGGUCCGGUACCACCGGGUGGCGUACGCUCUACAAUGAUGCUGGAACCGUCUGGGAUGCUUGGGAGCGGAGGGAUCGCUAGGUUACCAUCAUUCAAUCGUGAUCAGCAACAGCAACAGCAGCAGCAGCAACACUGACCGCUGGAGGAACGUUCCGUCGAGUGGUUCGAUCGCUGGCUUUCGAUUGAUGAACAGCACAACUAAUGACCGGACGCGCCAGUUGGUGCCAGUUGUCAGUUUUAAUAUUUGUUUCUUUGAAUUAAGUCCUGUAAGUUCCUCGGUCAGACGAGCGACCGUCCGUCGUCGUCGUUGCCAUCGGAAGCUAUACCAAAACAAUGUGCCAAUACGAGGCGGGACAAUUACACGGCCCCGUUCUUUUACCCUAGUAUAUCAGCCAAAAAUCACUUAAUCGUCUAGCAAGUAAGUCAUCUCGACCGGCAAGGGCGGGCAAUAGAGACUGCGAAGAGAUAGUAGAGAGCUGGAAUGCUUUUGCGCGAAUAAAGAGAGCCAGCGAUACGAGUUCAACGAGAUUACAUUCGCGAGCUUAUACUUUAGACAUGUAAGGCGCAACGGCCCUAUGUGUAAGCGUAGCGUCUUUUACCUAUUCGUGAUUGAUGAUGAUCGGAGCGUAUCGUGAUGUGAGUGGAAAAGCGUCAAACGAAUUAGAUGUGCAGCAACAAAGUAGGACGCGACCCUAGGAUGAUAAGCAAAAAAAUUCUAUAUAACAA